AUGUCUUUAUCUAACAAGUUAUCUGUCAAGGACUUAGAUGUCUCCGGUAAGAGAGUUUUCAUCAGAGUGGAUUUCAAUGUUCCAUUAGAUGGUAAAACCAUCACCAACAACCAAAGAAUUGUUGCUGCUUUACCAACUAUCAAGUAUGUGUUAGAAAACAAGCCUAAGGCUGUUAUCUUGGCUUCUCACUUAGGAAGACCAAACGGUGAAAAAGUUGACAAGUUCUCUUUAGCUCCAGUUGCCAGUGAAUUGGAAAAGUUGUUGGGUAAGAAGGUUAACUUCUUAGACGACUGUGUUGGUGACAAUGUUGAAAAAGCUGUGAACGGUGGUAGUGACGGUGAAGUUUUCUUAUUAGAAAACUUGAGAUUCCACAUCGAAGAAGAAGGUUCGCAAAAGAAGGACGGUGAAAAGGUCAAGGCUUCCGGCGAAGAUGUCAAGAAAUUCAGACAACAAUUGACCAACUUGGCCGAUGUCUACGUUAAUGAUGCUUUCGGUACUGCCCACAGAGCCCACUCUUCUAUGGUUGGUUUAGAAUUACCACAAAAAGCUGCUGGUUUCUUAAUGGCCAAGGAAUUAGAAUACUUUGCUAAGGCCUUAGAAAACCCAGUCAGACCAUUCUUAGCCAUCUUAGGUGGUGCCAAGGUUUCUGACAAGAUCCAAUUGAUCGACAACUUGUUAGACAAGGUCGAUUUAUUGAUUGUUGGUGGUGGUAUGUCUUUCACCUUCAAGAAGGUCUUAGACAACAUGCCAAUUGGUGACUCCUUGUUCGACGAAGCUGGUGCUAAGAACGUCGAAAACUUAGUUGCUAAGGCUAAGAAGAACAACGUCAAGAUUGUCUUGCCGGUUGAUUUCAUUACUGCCGACAAAUUCGACAAGGAUGCUAAGACCUCCACUGCCACUGAAGACGAAGGUAUCCCAGACAAUUGGAUGGGUUUAGAUGCUGGUCCAAAGUCCAACGAAUUGUUUGCUAAGACUGUUGCUGAAGCUAAGACUAUUGUCUGGAAUGGUCCACCAGGUGUUUUCGAAUUCGACAACUUCGCUAAAGGUACUAAGUCUUUAUUAGAUGCUGCUGUCAAGUCUGCUGAAUCUGGUAACACUGUUAUCAUCGGUGGUGGUGACACUGCUACUGUUGCUAAGAAGUACGGUGUUGUUGACAAGUUGUCCCAUGUCUCUACCGGUGGUGGUGCUUCUUUAGAAUUAUUGGAAGGUAAGGAAUUGCCAGGUGUUGUUGCUAUUUCCGAUAAGAAAUAA